AUGUUGAUGUUUCUCGGCUCAGGCGAUUUGAGUCAUGAUGGCAUUUUCAGUAAGAAAUGGAGUGGUUUGAGGUACACAAACUCGAUAACCAAGCUUUCACAGGUUCUCUCAGACUGUUCGCGUAGCUAUAUUAAGAUCUGGACCCUUGGACAACCUGGUCAACUUUUUUGCCUCAAGUCUUUUGUUUUAGAUAGUUGGACGACCCAUUUAAAUAGUGUGCUUUGGGGAAACCCG